UGAUGAAUUCUGUGCAAACACACAGACACCCUCUCUGCCAUCAGAUUCCUCAUUAAGACGAGAUUCUAGUGACUUGAGAGAAACUCUUUCAGCCACAGCUUGUGAGGAGCCUUCAGUGAAUCUGGACUGCAAUGCCUUUCCAUUGUCAAAUGUUUAUGAACAAAAAAAUCAUCAUAAACAGCAAAUAUCUUCAAGCAAAAAUGAAAACAGUACCACAGUUCAGGCAUCACAGAGUCCAUUUAUGAAAGAUCUUCAAUCAAGGGAUAUGUCAAACAAAGCUAAUUCAGAGUGGGAAAAAUCUUCAAAUUUUAACUUUAAAGAGCGUAUCCUCAGCCUUAAAGCUGUAAAUCAGGAAGCAAACCAGGGAAAUUUCAACAUACAACGUACACUAAACUAUAAGUCACUGCUAAAUAGAUCACAAGAUCAAGACAACAGCUUAAAGGAAAUGCUUCUAAAAGCAAAAGAGGUUCUUUCAUCUGGUAAUGUGAGGAAUAUAUUGGCUGCACCUUCAGUAGAAGUUCCAGCAAUUGCGUCCACACCAUUACCCCCUGAAACAAGGGAAACAUGCAUAGACAACACCACUGAAACAAGCAUAUAUGCAACUAAAAAUAAAAAUGAAGAAAUAUUUACAGAUUCUUUGAAAGAAUCUUUAAUUACAAAUAAUAAAAGCCCCGGCAUGCAUUUUGUUGUUUCCCCAGAAUGUGCUGUAUCAUUAGCUAAUUCAAAGGCUGUAUCCCCUUCCCCAUUUGUGCCUUCUUUGAGUUCUGCCACCACAAACGAAGCACCUGAGAACUCUGGAAUUUCAGAUAUGGCUUCACUGGAAGACAAAAAUAGUGAAAUGAGAAACACCAAUGCCUCCAGUGAAAGCUCCAUUCAAGAACUGGACCAUGUAGCUGACAGAGAUUUCCAGCAAGCUGCUUCCCUGAACCCUGUUGGUCCUAUUGCGUCAGAUUUGAAUAAGCUGGAGCUGCCUGCCUCACUAAGGAGAGAUUUAACACGCCACAUUACAAGUAAGAACAAAGCUGGCACUCAUGAACCCAAUUUAAACAUUGCACGGCGUAUUCGUAACAUUAGUGGCCACAGAAAAAGUGAAUCAGAGAAAGAAUCUGUGCUAAAGCCAACACUUCGUCAACUUAUCAGCUCAUCUGGAGGUCGUCGUAAUGUGGACUGGGAUCAGGUUUACCAGCAAGUAAGCAGGAAGAAGCAAGAGCAAGGCAAAGGAUUGCCAAGAUUUGGUAUUGAAAUGGUGCCACCUGUUCAACAAGAUCUCAAUGAUCUGUGUUCAGAAGAACCUGAACCUGAACUUGAAUUGUCAUCUUUGGAAGGCUUCCAGUGGGAAGGGAUCUCCGACACAGCUCCAGCAUCUUCACGAAAGCGAAGUCUAUCAGAAAGCAGUAUGGCAACAGAUAGAGCUGGCAGCAUUUAUAACCUUUUUAGUGGCCGUCAAGCCAGUGAUCAUAAGAAUGAUGUCCACAGUGAAAAUGCACCUACAAGGAGCCCUGUACACUUGACCGAAAGAGAGAGUUCCAGUCCUGGAUUGCAGGAUUUGCCUUUCAUUAAAAAGGAACUGAACAACAUGCCAGCUGAGCAGUAUCAGCCUGGACAGGUCUCUGCCGUUGAAGAGGAUAGCAACAAUGCAACACAAGGCCAAGACUCAAUGGAGGGAGAUAGUAGCUGCACUUCUGGGGCUGAACAGAAUGAUAACCAAGGACUUGGGAAAAAGCGUAGAGCUGGCACUGAUGCUCCAACACCUGAAAUUCCAAAUUUGGAAAUAACUUCCAAGAGGAGAAAAAUCAAAUUAAAAAAAGAGCGGUCACAAGUAGAGCAGUUGUUAAAUAUCUCACUUAAGGAAGAGGAACUCACUAAAUCACUUGAAGGAGUUGACAGCAAUUUGCUUCAAGCUAGAGCUGCCCUUCAACAUGCUUACAUAGAAGUGCAACGUCUACUAAUGCUGAAACAGCAGAUGACGGUGGAAAUGGGCACGUUAAGAAGUAAAAGGAUAGCAGUCCUUCAAGGAUUACAAGAAAACUAUGAUGGUCCAGAACCAUUUUUAGAAUGUAGAAAUCAAUUGGAUGCUCCUUUGGCAACUACACUACCAUCCAUGUUUUUGAGUCCUGCAGUUAUGGAUACCAUUCCCACCUCCACAGAACAUCUCCAGCAAAACCCCUGUGCAUCAUUGCUUUCCCCAGGUGCCACUCCUUCCUCCCUAUACAGUGAUAUAUCUGGCGCUGCUUCAACUUCCCAACAACGUUAUUUUAAGCAAGAGCCAGGCAUAGAAUCAAACAGUAAUCUUCAAAACACAACCGAGGUUCUGUCUGCUGUUUCCCUGUCAGUGAAAGAUAAUCCAGAAGCAAAAGUCUCAGUAUAUCCAAAGAUAGUUCAUACUGUGUCACUUGCUGGGAAUGAAGGUGAAUCUUUAGCAUUGAACUUAAAUUGGAACAAAAGGAGCCCAGUAUCUACAAGUCCAGGUUGGAGUAAACCAAAAGAUAAUGUGGAGAAAAUGCAGGAUAUACCUCUUCCAGUUAACACCAGUCCUUUUGCCAACCAAGAAAAAAACAACAUCCAACAGAAAAAAGAUUUAAAGGAUCUACCUAGGAAAAACUCCGAUUUACAACUAGUACAUACUGAAAUUCCUUUGACUAUAGAAAGCAGAUCUGGAAAACGGAUCAAGAAAUUAAAAAAGAAAAAAGACCUUCAUAAAGCCAAUGAAAGACAAAAUAACAGUGACACUGAACAGGAUAGUGAUAUAAGUCGGCCCAAACGGAAGUCUAAAGGAGGAAAGAAAAAUGUCAAAGACUCAAAAGUGAGUACAUCCAGCUGCUUUGCUCAACUGCAGGAGGAACCCAAGCUGACUCCUGGUUCAGAAAUUGAACAACAGGGAAGCAGUGAUAGUGAUUCCUCCCUUGAAAUGAUAGAGCUCCCACCUGCAAAGCUUGAAGUAGUAGAUUUAAACUCCUCUGGCUCUGGAGAGGACAACCCCAAUAGUAUGUUAAAUAGCAACAAAGCAUCUAUUUCAGCUUCUGACAGCAGGGAUGAAAACCAGAAAUUAGGCUGUGAUGAAGUGAGUUCUACCAGCGAGCUAAUGGCCUCUACUGUGGGCCUCACCAAAGCAGUGGAAACACAGAGCUCUGUGUCAUCAGCUAAAGGAUCAAAAAACUCAUCUGAGGUUUCUUCUGAGCCUGGAGAGGAAGAUGAACCAACUGAAGGUUCAUUUGAAGGGCACCAAGGUGCUGUGAAUGCCAUGCAGAUACAUAGUGGACUUCUUUACACCUGCUCUGGUGACAAAACUGCCCGUGUCUUUAACCUAAUUACUCGCAAGUGCAUUGCUGUCUUUGAGGGACACAGCAGUAAAGUAAAUUGUCUGUGUGUAGUACAAAUAUCACGAAGGCCUAUACAACUCUACACUGGUUCCAGUGACCACACCGUCCGCUGUUACAAUGUUAAGACCAAGGAGUUCAGAGAUGAAUUUUGUCUGUUGGACAGAGUGCUAUGCUUGCAUAAUCGCUGGCGGAUGCUUUUUGCAGGUCUGGCCAAUGGAACCGUAGUAGCUUUCAAUUUAAAGUCAAACAAGCAGAUGGAUGUAUUUGAGUGCCACUCACCUCGGGCUGUGAGCUGCAUAUCCUCCGCUCAGGAAGGAGCUCGUAAAAUUCUGCUAGUGGGAUCUUAUGAUAGUACCAUCAGUGUUCGAGAUGCUAAUAGUGGCUUACUGCUGCGUACCUUGGAGGGGCAUACGAAGACUGUUCUCUGCAUGAAGGUGGUGAAUGAUCUGGUGUUCAGUGGCUCCAGUGAUCAGUCUGUGCACGCUCACAACAUCCAUACAGGUGAACUAGUGCGAAUCUACAAGGGCCACAGCCAUGCAGUCACGGUGGUCAAUGUUCUUGGAAAGGUGAUGGUAACUGCCUGCCUGGAUAAACUAGUUCGUGUCUAUGAACUACAGUCCCAUGACCGCUUGCAGAUUUAUGGAGGACAUAAUGAUAUGGUCAUGUGCAUGACAGUUCAUAAGAGCAUGAUAUAUACAGGAUGCUAUGAUGGAAGCAUUCAGGCUGUGAAACUUAAUCUAAUGCAAAACUACCGGUGUUGGUGGCAUGGAUGCUCCUUCAUUUUUGGAGUGGUGCAGCAUUUGAUUCACCAUCUUCUAACGGACCACAUCAGCCCAAACUUCCAGAUGCUGAAAUGCAAAUGGAAGAACUGUGACGGUGUCUUUACUGCUAAGAAUUGGUCAAAACAGGAUGUGCCAAAGCACAUGAAGAAACAUGCCGAAGAAGAAAGCAAGGUGGACCCCUAAGCCAUUAUCAUUCCUCUCAUAUUGGGAGCUUUGAAAGAGACAUUUUCCAAUUGCUGAUCUUUCCGAUUUCCUAGCAAGGAACAAAAAGAGAGAGGGGCCACCAGAUGUGAGCUGGAGCGCUCUUUGAUACGGGCACAGCUGACCAGUAUCCCUGAUGGACUCUGUUUACCUGAAGCAACAGGAAUGGGCUGCUGUUACUUCUGCAGGUGCCAAGGUCACCUGUGUUUUUUGACCCAAACGGAUAGACCAUUUCUAUGUGCUUUACAUCAGAGUGAGAGCGCAGAUGCACAAAAAUACUGAAAGAAAAAUGUCAAUGGUUUAAUUGCGCAAUCUCCAGUAUAUUGUGGCAGUUUAUAAAUUCUCAACAUGCCUAGGGCUAGCCCACAUGAUCUACUUUUUGUUAAUGUUCUUGAUACAGUAUUUUGAUGGAACUCCAUAUACUUACGUAUCCAUCUGUGUAGUUCUAAAAGUAAACAGUAUUACUAAGGAUGUAAUUAAGUGUAUGCAGGGUGCCUAUCAUUUAAACCAGUGGCUGCCUUUUAGCUGCCGUCCUACUGGUAUUGUAUUGGUAACUACAUUUGACAGUGACUUGGGCCUGCAGGUGAUGUGUAAGUGGUUUUUAGCAAAGCGGUUUCACUGUUAAAUGAAUGUUCCUUAUGUUCAGCUAUUAUAUCAUUUUUUAACUGUUUUUAAGCUUG